GGGCUAUACAGGUGGGCUUAUAAUAUUGAGCCAAAUCUGCCAUUUCUAUCUGCCGUCUGAGCUCCCUUCUACCAAUUCGAUUUAUACAGGAAUCCGUGGCGGUGGUGUUGCAGGUCGUGGCUCCGUGUCAGCCGAGUGUCACAUGGGCCAUUUGGUAGUGGUACUGUAGCGGCGAUUCCGAUUCCCUCCCAACGAACCUGUUUCCAGCAUCCGCCCUUCUCUUCCACCCAAUUAGUUCUUUUUCGACGUCGAUACACUCACUUCAAUUUCUUCUGGGCUUUUUAUCAUCAUCUAGCGGAGCCGUCGCCCAGGGAGCCUGACUCUAACCUGGCGAGAUGCAGUACGUACGCAGCAUCAGCGGCUCUGUUUCCAAGACAUGGAACUCGAUCAAUCCAGCCACGCUGAGCGGCGCGAUCGAUGUGAUCGUUAUCGAACAGGAAGAUGGCACCCUCGCUUGCUCGCCCUUCCAUGUCCGCUUCGGCAAGUUCUCGCUCCUGCGCCCAUAUGAAAAGAAGGUGGAAUUCAAGGUCAAUGGGAUCAAACAAGACUAUGCGAUGAAGCUUGGAGAGGGAGGCGAGGCAUUUUUCGUCUUUGAAACCACAGACGAGAUCCCCGCAUCUCUGCAGACCUCACCGUUGGUGUCUCCCGCGGCUAGCCCGAAAGUCCCGGGCGAAGAUCUUGCGUCAUCCCUCCAGGAACCAGAGUACCUGGACCUCGAAAAGUCACACGGGGAUGCUUUAUCAGAAGGCGCAAAGACUCCGCUAGGGAUACCCCUCUCGCGGCAGUCGCGGGCAACUACGGAUUUAGGUGUGAUGACUCCAUUGUCACGUUCUCCCGCCGAAUCGGAUCUUAGUCCUGCUCAUGGCGACUCGUUCAAGUCUAAACCUCCCCUCGAUCACUCGGUAUCGGACAACAUACUCUCAACGAGUGUUCCUCGAUCCGACGACGGGAAGCUGACCUCCCUGAGUGGUCCCGGAUCAGCUCACGAAGAUGAUAUUGAGCGGAGAGAUCGCUCUCGUAGCCCUCCUCCGCUGUCACCCCAGGAGGCAAUGUCUCGCGCGAUCUCUCUUUCCAAGAAGCUCUCGGGCUCAAACAUUCCAUCUCACAUUACCGACACCGGCGACCUCAUGUUGGAUAUGACUGGUUAUAAAAGCAACGAGGAAGAUGCUAUCCGGGCUGAGGUACUCGCCCGCAAGAUCCUAGCCGAGGAAUUGGAAGGCAGCUACGACAUUGGUGCGCUCAUCGGAGCCGAUGAGCAUGGGAACCUUUGGAUCUACAGUAGUGAAGAGGCCAAAGAAGCAGCCUAUCGAACGGCGACCAUCAAUUCUAUGCGGCCUACUACGGCCCUGAGCGAUGAUGCGGUUUCCGACCCUGGGUACCAUAGCGAGGGCGACCAUCCAACCCUAGAGCCUGCGCUGGGCGCGCGCCACCACCGGACCAAGCUUUCCCACCCUCCUCCUCAAUCCCCCCUGCAGGAUUCGUUCGGAGUUGAGACUCGCAACUAUGCCAAGACGCUGCGAUUGACCAGCGAUCAACUCAAGGAACUGCAGCUGAAGCCGGGACCGAAUCUUAUGUCCUUCAGUGUGAACAAGGCAACCUGCACGGCAAACAUGUAUCUGUGGAAUGGAAACGUGCCAAUUGUGAUCUCUGAUAUCGAUGGGACCAUCACCAAGUCUGAUGCGUUGGGACACGUUUUGAACAUGAUCGGACGUGAUUGGACUCACACUGGUGUCGCCAAGUUGUACACAGAUAUCGUCAACAACGGCUACAAUAUCAUGUACCUCACCAGUCGCUCGGUUGGGCAGUCGGACACCACGCGGGCGUACUUACACGGAGUAUGUCAAGAUGGAUACCGCCUGCCCAAGGGACCCGUUAUUUGCAGUCCCGAUCGCACCAUGGCGGCACUGAGACGAGAGAUUUACUUGAGGAAGCCAGAGGUUUUCAAGAUGGCCUGUCUGCGCGACAUUCUUGGCUUAUUUGCAGGAAAAGAGAACCCGUUCUAUGCUGGGUUUGGAAAUCGGUUGACUGAUGCUUUGAGCUAUCGAUCGGUUAACAUUCCUUCCACCCGGAUUUUCACCAUCAAUUCGAAUGCCGAGGUGUCUCUUGACCUGCUGAGUUUGAACAAGUAUAAGAGCAGCUAUGUGACUAUGCAAGAGCUGCUUGACCACUUCUUCCCACCUGUUAGUCUCCUGGUUCAAUCCGGAGGCGAAGAAUAUACAGAUUUUGCAUACUGGCGCGAUACCCCGCAGGAACUUGAUGAUUUCUCUGCCACUGAUAGUGAAGAGGAAGAGGAGCCUGCGGACGACGAGAUGCUCGAGGAUGACGAGGAUGCGGAUGAGGAAGAUUACGAUGAUGAAUUGAGCGAAGGAGAAGGCAGUGAAUACGACGAGGGUGCAGGAACGGAUUUAGGUGCAAGUUACAUAUCGCAGGCUUCGGAGGCUCUGUCCAACCCGGCAGGGUCCAUCGUGGAGUCCAUCGAGGGUGAUCAAGACCUCGAGGAUGUUGAAGGAUUGGACGGAGAAGAAGAUGUUCGUGCUGGUGGUGCUAUACCAGCCGAACCGGCAGGCUCCAUCACCCUCCCUCUUCGUCCCAAGUCCCGGGACGUUUGA